CCUCAUGCCAGAUGACCUCAUACAAUCCUGAGUCCCAGACAUUGAGCUCGCAUGCGCCAGAUUCACCGCGCUCUUCCCAAUCACCCCCGCCUUCUGGUGUCCAGGGUGAUUUGGAAUUAGAACUUCUCGGGCUCGCCAACGCUUUAUACAACCUCGGAACCACCGUCAUCAGUGACUCCACCAAAGAUCGUGAUAGACCAGGUGGUGCGAAGCUAGUAGGCCUUGGGGCAAAUGAGGUAGUCAAUCACCUUAUGUCCAUCGAUAACAAAGCACAGGACAUUCGGACCAUGAUACCUUUUCAAGUUUUGUCUGAUAUCGACAACGCACGCAACCCCAUGCAGUUGACCAAAGAGCGUCUAGAAAGAGCAGCUACUGAAAAUCAAUUCAUGAACGGAAAGAUAGCAGCUAUUGACGUAAGGACCUCCCUGUUUCACUCCACUCUCGUUAAUGCCCUUCUCUUGUAGUCCUAUCGCAAGCUUCUGAACGAGGCCUUAGUAUUGAACUUUCCAGAGACAGCCGAAUAUCUCCAUCCAAAUCAAGAUGAGAUCAAGAUGGAGCCAUAGGCCAAGCCCUGCCGCCUAUGUACAAUAUCGCCAUUGUCGCAGAGCUACAUCUCGUCGAUGGUUCAUUGUCAAUCACAUAUAAGGGGUACGCUCGGAUUAAUUUUCCAAUUACCCUCCCAAAAGGAAAGACGAAAUUGGUGGGAGACGGGGAACAUUCCGUUGCCUCAUUAUCACUUGUCAUUAUCGGGACAAUUCGCAAUAAUCGACCUGAUUGAAACGAAAGAGCUAAAUUUCUCAUUAAGGACGCCCCCGGUUUUUUUU